AUGGUCGCGGCCGCAGUAGAAGGCCCUGAGGCGGAGAAGAAUACUCCGGUGGAGACCCCACCGAGGAAGAAGAGGGGACGGCCACCUAAGAAUGCUGCCUCGUCUUCUACUGCCAAGCGGAGGAAGACUGAGAGUCCGUCGAUGGAGCCGGUAGCAGCAGUAGAACCAAAGACACCAGUGAAGAAAA